CUCAGCCGUCCACUUGCAUAUAUCUCGUCGGCUAUCUUCUGACAAUCGAUUGAUAUGGAAAUAUUUACCUUGUUUAACCAUUACUCCAUAGACUUGACAAGCGUGAAGGACCAGGAUGGUUGGUUGAGUGUGUUACGGGGAAAUAAACUAUCGCCAACAUUCAGAGUUUACAAAGUACCUAGUACCUACCUAGUAUUCAUCCCAAAAGCCUCACAUUCACAUGGACAAUAUUCCUCGCAACUCUUACCUGCAGAGUCGUAUUCGGGGACCAACCGGCUCAAAGGGGACCUUGAAUAGCCAGAUGUGAGGUUGCAGUGGAAGGAAGUUAUUAUGCUUUAAGUUUGGCACAUCACUUGAUAUCGACAUGAAUUACAUAUCAAUUAUCAAUUCUCUUGGCUGAAUUUCUCGACUUGAGUUGUCAAACUUCUUCCUCGAUACUCGUAAAGAGGGGGACGAGCUUGAAAAGCUACCCCGCGAAAAGACGGAAAGUAUGAUCACGUGCUAUCGAGCUUCGAGAUACCGAGGCUCGGUGAUGUUGAGGUCAAGUUGGCCGACCAUCCAUCUCAAGCACUUAUCUUUAAAAUUCCAUACCUAGAAACUUACAUCUAUCUAUACCAAUCUUCUCUAGAAGUAUAUCCUACAAGUUAGUGACUUGAUUAGCAAUCCAAUCAGCAAUUCAAAACGCAAGCAAGCCGCAGAAGCCUGUCCAUUGCCCUCCCCAAACAAACAAAAUGGCCUCUUCCAACCCUACCUACAAAUACUUUCUCGUCACAUACCCAGCACCAUACAUAGCACAUGUGCAAAUCAACCGUCCCGAGAAACUCAAUGCGUUUUUCGAAGCAAUGUGGCUUGAAUUCCGCACCAUUUUCGACACCCUCUCCUAUUCUCCCGAUGUCCGCUCCAUCAUAUUAUCUGGCGCCGGUGAACGCGCAUUCUCAGCUGGUUUGGAUGUAGAAGCCGCCGCACAAGAUGGCGUUUUAGCCGGAAAAGAAGGAAGAUCUACAGAUGUAGCGCGAACAGCGCAAGCUUUCAAACGACACGUCGAAGAAUUCCAAGCUUGUAUAAGCAGUGUUGAGAAAUGCGAGAAACCCGUGAUCUGUGUUCUGCACGGCUACUCCCUCGGUCUCUCAAUCGAUAUAUCCACCUGCGCCGAUAUCCGCAUCUGCACCUCGGACGUCAAGAUGGCCGUGAAGGAAGUGGACAUCGGACUCGCCGCCGAUAUUGGAACUCUCUCCCGCCUUCCCAAGGUCGUCGGUUCUUUCAGCUGGGUCAAAGACGUAUGUCUCUCUGCCCGCGUCUUCGGAGCUGAAGAGGCGCUGCGAGUAGGUUUUGUGACGUACGUUGAGCCUUCGAAGCAAAAUGCUAUCGACAAAGCGCUCAGUAUUGCGAAAUUGUUGGCGGAAAAAAGUCCAGUGGCAGUGCAGGGUACGAAGGAACUUUUGAAUCACGCGAGGGACAAUCGAUUGGCGGAUAGUCUGAGGUACACGGGGGUUUGGAACAGUGCGGCGAUCCAAACGAAGGAUGUUAAGGAUGCGAUGUUGAGUGGAUUACAGAAGAGAAAACCUACUUUUGAGAAACUCUGAGAGGGGUUGGAGGACAACGGAUCACAAUAAUUUGAAAAUAUCAAAUUUAGGAACAAGGCGGUUGAAAUCUUCCACUUCCGAACUUCCCGUGCGGCGUUGCUACACCAAAAAGAUGGACAUAUAAUUCAGCAUGCAGCACUCAGACCUGCAAGAUAGGACACAGGAAAUAAAACUCCAAUAUAUGAGCUCUCAGAUGAUAGUUCCAAGAAGCAAGCAAGAAAGAAAGAGAUAUACUCAAAAGCACACUAUCUAUAUAAACUUAUCCAAUGUCACAUUCACAUACCACAAAGCUACAAUGCUAUAUAAUCUUCCCAAAAUCAAAUGCAUAGAUAGCAUCACAGUAUUGAGACCAUUCAAUCCAUCCA